AUGGCUGAACCUGCCGACACUGCUGGUCUAUCAAUUUUUGAAGCGCAGCAGAUAAAAAACCGCCAGAAUAUUAGAACGAUCACUGGCUACCCGUCGACCUAUCCUGUCGAUGGAAGAAGGAAAUUACUACCUAAAAAUACAGUCAUCAAAUUUGUUCCGCAGCAAGAGGCUUGGAUUAUAGAACGAUUUGGAAAAUAUAACAGGACAUUAGAACCUGGUUUAGCGAUUUUGCUACCAGUAGUAGAUCAAAUUAAAUAUGUUCAGAGUUUAAAGGAAAUUGCUAUUGAAAUUCCAUCACAAUCCGCUAUUACUUUGGACAAUGUUACGAUCAAUUUGGAUGGUGUUUUAUACCUGAGAGUCGAAGAUCCAUAUUUGGCAUCCUAUGGCGUAGAAGAUCCUGUUUACGCUGUUACACAAUUAGCUCAAACAACCAUGAGAUCAGAGCUAGGUAAAAUUUCUUUAGACGUGGUAUUUCAAGAACGUACAUCCUUAAAUAUCAGUAUUGUAGAGGCAAUCAAUUCGGCAUCUGCAGUAUGGGGAAUUAAAUGUUUGCGCUACGAGAUUCGUGAUAUACAACUGCCGUCGCGAGUUAAAGAAGCAAUGCAAAUGCAGGUUGAAGCUGAACGAAAGAAAAGAGCACAAGUUUUAGAGUCGGAAGGUGUUAGAGAAGCAGCUAUCAAUGUAGCUGAAGGAGAAAGGCAAAGUAAGAUUCUUGCUUCUGAGGCACUGAAAAUGGAACAAAUUAAUUUAGCUACUGGUGAAGCCGAAGCAAUUUGGGCUAAAGCACAAGCCAGAGCAAAGGCUUUACAAAUUCUAUCACGUCAGCUGGUUCAGCAGAAUGGUGAAAAAGCGGCUUCACUUAAUAUCGCGGAACAGUAUAUUGCUGCCUUCAGUAAAUUGGCGAAAGCUAGUAAUACGGUUAUUUUACCCGCUAAUACUGGUGAUGCGGCUUCAAUGGUUGCUCAGGCAAUGGCGGUAUACGUAAACGCCUCCAAAAAUACAUCUAAUCUUUCAAAUAUAUCGGAUGAAGAAUUAGGUGAAGAUGCUUCUGACGUAAGCAAUUCUUCAGCUCAAUCUUCCUUUCCACUUACAUCAUUAACAGAAGCAGAUGGCACCCACAAAAGUCGUGGCGAUGAUGAAAGCGCCCGUAUUGACCAUUAUACCGCUGCUGGCUCCCCUACAAAAGACUGGGCAAAGGACCACCUAAGUGAUAAGGAUUUCGAGAAAAUUUUGUAA